CAACUCAAUCAUCUAAUUUUAGGGUCGCAACUUGGAGAUAAAAUGCCUAAAUCAAAGCGUGAUAAAAUUGUGCCAUUGACGGUUACCAAAAAGAAGUCCUACGAAACGAAGAAAGAUUUAGUAUCAGCAAUCCAGGAAUGCUGCGACAAGUAUGCCCAUUUGUAUCUCAUUGAAGUUCAUAAUGAGAGAAAUAAUCUUCUCAAGGAAAUCAGAGAAUCUUGGAAACAUAGCAGGAUAUUUUUAGGCAGAAACAAAGUGAUGGCUCUUAGUAUCGGACGUACUAUGGAAUCAGAGUACAAGAAAGAUCUCCACAAGAUUUCAAAGGGGCUACAUGGAAAACGUGGACUGCUGUUUACGAACGAAAAGGUGGAAGAAGUAAAAGAAUAUUUCAAAUCUCACAAGAAACUCUGUUUUGCUCGUAGUGGAAGUGUUGCCACAGAAACUGUAGUCCUGCCUGAGGGACCACUUGAUUUACCUCAUUCUAUGGAACCACAUCUCAGACAGCUUGGUCUUCCCACCAAAUUAAAAGAUGGUGUGAUAGUGUUGAAUCAAGAACAUACUGUUUGUACUGCUGGACAAGCUCUUUCUACUCAGGAAGCUGUUAUCUUGAAACAUCUCGGGAAUUCCAUGGCAGAAUUCAACAUCGAAUUAAUGUCUCACUGGAGCGAUGGAGCUUUUACAGUUCUCUCAGAAUCUGGCACUUCUAUGGAUGCUGCUGACGACGACUUUGGCGAUGAAGUUAUUGAGGACGCCAACGAGAACUGAUAUCCGAUGAUUUAGUUUUUAUCAAAUUGUUUUGGGAAGAGUGUUUGAAAUGACCGAUUAUAUCCUCAACCAGUUUUAAAUCAGCUUCUCUGAGAUCAGUGAAGCCUGCGACCGGACUUUUUAUUUUUGAAAGCUAACUUUCUGUCAGUUUUAACUCAUUUAAUUUAUUUCAAACAGAA